AUGUGUGUCUUUGGGCAUCGGAGUCUGCGCUCCACAGUUCUUGGCUCCUUGUUGUCUUUUCUCCUCCUUCACGACCGCGUACAUGCUCAGGGUGAUGCCUUUUCCACGUUCAACACGCAUCCUGUUACCAUUGUGAUUGGAAACGAUCCGGAUGCCACUCCCACCACGGUCGGCUGGACCGACGGAGUCUGUUAUCAGCCCAUCGUCGAAGGGGUCCUACCAGGAGACACUUUGGAAUUCCGCUACGGGGCCCAUAAUGUCUACCAAAUGGCUUCCAAGGAACACUUCAUGGCUUGCAACUUUUCCGAUGCGACGCUGUUGUCCGAAGUGGGACAGACGCCCUUCCGAUUCACCAUUGAGGAUGUGUAUUCCAACCAGCUGGGAUCGCAGACCACUUUCUUCUUUGCCUGUCAGAUUGGGGAUCACUGUGCCAGUGGGACGCAGAAGUUACAGGUAACCGUGGAGCCAAACCUGGCAUCAAGGAUGGAGAACGUCCCACUCCUGCUUCCAAGUUUGUGCUUGGAGCUUCCACCCAAGACUGUACCGAGAUUCAGGAGGCGGGCGCUGCCGUCAGUGACCUCGGAAUUGCCCAAAUGGGUUCUCUUCGAUCAAGCUGUGAAGAUCCCGUGCCUGUGGAAGGAUCGCCAGGAACUUACACGAGGACGUGCCUUUCGGGGCCUGCUACGCUCACUCCGGGAGGUGUCAUCAAUCGACUCUUUGUCCUCAACUAUCCCUUCCCCAUGGAUCAUCGUGUGGCAUUGGGACAACGCAUUUAUUUUUGAUUUCGUGGUGGAUGACCCCAACGGGGAAGGUGUCACUCCUGUGCCGACCAACCAGUUGUACAUCCACCACCUUGCCGGUCGCGUCGUCUUUGCGCAGGGAGCGGAAAGCAUGGGCCAAGCGGCACCCGAUGCUCCCUUCCCAGAACCCUAUGCUCGGUUCACGGGCAACGACGGUGGUGGGACCAUUUUUCAUUUGAUUGAUUUGAGAGAAGUCGAUGAUUGGUUGUCCUGCAUUGAAUGCCGCUGUCCCCCGCAAUCUGGGCAGACGUACUUGGAUACCCUGACUGGCACUGGCAAUGUCACUGGUGGUGUCAGUUGCUGUUCCAAUUGCACGGAUCUCACAGGGCCGACUCUGGACUAUCGGAUGCGGUACAACGUGACCUACAGAGAGCUGGCAGAAGAAGAAAGCGACGAACCCGUCGUCGAUGUGGAUCUACUGGUUGCAGACAUCGCACCGGCUGUUGACAUGCAGCUGGAGUACGAUGUGCCCAGCUUCAAUCUCUUGACGCCAGAGCAUCAAGCGGAAGGCUACAUUCAACGUUUGGAACGCGUUGCUCCGUUCAACGAAAUGUUCCAAGUCAGAUUCUUCGCCGGUCCUUACAAUUGUCCAGACGAAGUCGCGAUUCUUCGAUGCGUGGCCCACGUCCAUGUGGCUGCGGUGACUCAAUUCCUGGAGGAUGCUGAGACAGGGGAACGGUUUUGCACUAGCGAUCCCACCUACGGAACCAAUCCAGAAACAAACAAUGGCUUUGUCACGGCAGUAUCGGUAGACAACCAUGACCCUCCUAAUGUGAUCCCUGCCAAUCGAAGAGUCCGAUUUGUUACAGAGUACAAUGCUACGCACAUGCACAGUGGUGUGAUGGGAUAUUUGUUCGUGUUUGUAGCGGGGGCUCAUGGGGUCACAGCGGAUGAGGUCGAUCUAACGGUGCCUCUUUGCCAGCCGGAAAGGUGUGAUGUGAACCUUUUGCCCAUCAUCGACAUGGAGCCAUUUCAAAGUGACGAAAGUACGAUGGUCUCGCAAGAGGGGGGAUGGGUUACUUGGGGUGACGCCGUGGAUACUGAGUCAGAGCCCGCUGAUGCGAACGAUGAGGAUUGUGUGGAUACUCUAGCGGAUUCGCCAUCAUGCACCUUUGGUCAACUCUGCACCUGUGAAGAAUUCGUCAAUGCACCCGAAAGCACUGGCUGUGACGGGUUUUUUUCCAGUGUAAUGGGAGAUGUUGAGGUCAGAUCAGUCUGCGCCAAGUACUGUGGCUGCACUGUGUCAGAUGCCGUGAACUCAAGGGAUGCAGGAAGGAAGCUUCAGUCUGAUUGUGCGGACACACUUGCAGACAGCCCUUCAUGCACUUUUGGUGGGCUAUGUGAUUGCGAGACCUUCGUCAAUGCACCAGAGAGCGAAGGAUGUGGUGGUCUGUACAAAAGCGACUGGGGCGAUACGGUUAUCAACGAAGUUUGCACUGCCUACUGCGAGGCAUGUGUUGCAGUUCCCCUUGAAGAGCUCUUUGAGGAAGCGUACACAGAAGUCAUGACACUUCACAUCAAGGAGCUGUGCAAGUAUGAUACUCAAGACUGUCGAACGGUCCUUUCCAAUCUUCUCGCUUGUGGUUCAGGACAGCCUGGAAUCGAGGAUGCAAAUCCCUUGAUUCAAAUGGUAGUGACCAGAAAUGGUCAAACGAUGGCACAAGACCAAGCCAAGCUCGGCCAGCCUUCGCUUCAUGGAGGCCAAGGCGAUCAACCUGUGGUACCGUGCUCAGACAGCGGAGGUGAUGCUGUUGGAAACGAAGAUUCCUAUGCGCCUGUUGGAAACGAAGAUUCCUAUGCGCAUGGUAGGCCACCGCUCUAUUGGGCUCUUUCCGUGGUUGCCGUUGUUCUCUUCAUAGGUUCCAUUUGA